GAUCACAUGAUUUUGAAUGUGCGUUAGUUUCCGGGUCUGAAGUUGAGAGACGGCGGGACCGAGAGGACGAGGGGAUCGAGUAUGUGACGGAUCAGAGACGGUGUCCAAUCAGAGAACGAGUCCUGCUGCGUCCUCAUGUCCAGACACAGGAGCUGUAAGAACCUGAUCAUCUCAGACGCUUGUUUCUUCUCAGAUGAGGAGGUUAAGGCUGAGGAGCUCAACCCGUUCUCCUUCAAAGAGUUUCUACGAUUGAAGAACCAGGACCAGGAUCAGGACCAGGACCAGGACCCGGAUCAGGACCGGGAUCAGGAUCAGGAUCAGGAUCGGGACCAGGACCAGGACCAGGACCAGGAACACAGUGAGUCCUGCAGCUCCUCAACCUUUGACCCUGAUGUCCACAAACGUUUCCUCUCUGAGCCGUCGAUGGCACCACAGGAGGAAGACAAGGAUUGGGGGUGGGGCUUCCAGUGCGUGGCCAGCAGCUCCUCCCUUCUCUCAGAGGAGGAGACCAGGUUUUGCUCUGAACCGAAAGGAGGAGACAAUGAGAUGUCCAUGACUGAACCAAUCAACUCCUUCAGGAGAAGGAGCGACAUACAGUUGAAGGAGGACAACAUGGCGUUGAGGAGAACCAUCAGAGAGCUGCAAAGAAGAUCAGAUGCUAAAGAACGAAGGGUGCAGGAGCUAUCGGAGGAGCUGCUCCAGAGGAGACGUCAGGAUGAGAAGGAGGCUGAGGAUCUGGAGAGCAUGGUUCACUCUGUGGAGCAGAACCUGCACCUGAUGACGAAGCGAGCGAUGAAAGCAGAGAACAACGUCAGUAAACUGAAGGCGGAGCUUCAACAGCUGCAGGUGGAGGUGGAGUCUCUGCGGUCGGAGAACGAUGGUCUGAAGGCAGCAGAGUCUCAGGUCGUCAUGACGAUGAGACAAACUGCUCUGGUGGCGUCUGAGUACCUGAACAAGAUGGCAAGCCACGCCCACUCCUCCAUCCGUCAGCUGCUGGGAGAGGCGGAGACUCUUCGUCUCGUGUCUCACCUUCUUCGUUCUAUUGAUAAAAUCUCAGAGUGUUGAAGCUGUGAUGGACGUGUGGACGUGUGGACGUGAGGACGUGAGGACGUGGUCGUCAUAGAAAGCUGCUUUGAUGACAUCACAGCAGCAGGUUGCUGAUUGGAUAGAUUCUGUAUCAGUGCAGACUGAAGAUGAUGUCAUGACGUUUAUUCUUCAAAUAUAAACUUUAUUAAACAGUUUGUCAACGAUGUUCUGAGAUCAGGUUCUGUUCCAUCAUGUCGCUGUAAAACAAUAAAACACAACAUUCAGAACAGUC